AUGAAAUUAGUUUGUAUUUUAAAAUUAGACUAAGAAUCUUACAGAUUUGGUACUGUUCUUUUAUUCGAUAUUCAAAGGGAAAAUUAAGGAAAGUAAUUGUAUGGCUAUGCUCAAUUUGAGAAAAAGGAGGAUGCUAAUAAUUUGAUAAAGACAAUUAUGAUUUAACUAAUCACACAACAAGGGAAAUAGUUGGAAUUGCAUUUAAAUAGAAAUUAAGUGAAGAAUUGCUAUAUAAAGUUGAAAAUUACAAGAUAAUCUUAGAAAAUAAUCAAAUCAAACAUCAGAACAGGUAAAAAUCAAUUUAAAUUUUUGAGAAUAAUAAUGAAGUAUAAAUUCAGGUGCUCAUAAUAAAUUGGAGUUAAUAAAUAAAAUAAGACCUUUAGUUAGUAAUGACACAGGAUACCCUCUCUUUUUUGAAAUUACUUGGAUAUUCAAAGAAAUGGCUUAAGAUAAUAAUAACACUUUCAAAGUGAAAAUUUCUUUUUUUAAUAUGGUCUACAGAAAACACUUAAAUUCAAGAGAAAGAUUGAUACUAAUGUAAUACACAUUAAGGAUGAUGUUACAAAAGAGUAGAUCCAAAAUCUCUUCUCACUAUUUCGGAAUUAUAUUAGUCUAACAUUAAUAAAGGCUAUGA